CAUCCUGAAAUAAGCUUUCUCGGACAUACUUCUGCUUAUGUUCCUUCAGUGACUUCAGUACGGCCUCUAGGAGUGUGGAACCCAGAGAGGAUGGCUGCGUCUGGGUUCGCCCGGUGUCUGUCCUGUGGGCCAGUUCCUACAACUCUCCUCUCUUGGCGGCUGUACAGAAAGGACAAGGCUGGCUGCUUUCGCUACUACCGGGCAGCAAUCUGCAGGAAACUGAAGGUCCCCUUGGCUAUUGAGGAAGUCCCUACUCGCCCCAUCCAGCCUGACGAGGUCAGAGUUGAUGUCCAUUUUUGUGGGGUUAACUUUGCAGACAUUUUGACCUGUCGGGGGCAGUAUCAGGAGAGUCCAUCCAUUCCCUUCACACCUGGAUUAGAGCUUGCUGGACAGGUGUUGGAGAUUGGCAGAAAUGUCAGCACAGUAAAAGAGGGAGAUCGUAUUAUUAGUGUGAAUAACUUUGGUACCAUGGCUGAACAAUGCAUUGUUGAUCAGAAGAAACUGUGGCAGAUUCCAGAUGGGAUCUCCUACCAAGAAGCUGCUGCCCUUCCUGCAUGUUAUGGCACUGCCAUGCUGGCCCUAGACCAGCGGGCGAGGACACAGCCUGGGGAAACUGUUCUGGUGACAGCGGCAGCUGGUGCUACAGGCCUCGCCUUGAUAGAUGUGGCAUCGAACAUUCUCCAGGCCAAGGUGAUCGCAGCAGCUGGAAGCGAUGAGAAGUGCAAGCUGGCACUGCAAAGAGGGGCAAAGGCCGCUGUGAAUUACAGUCAGGGCAACCUGAAGGAGGAACUGAAGAAGCUGACAGGCGGCCAGGGGGUCAAUGUGGCCAUUGAUGCUGUGGGAGGCGACGUUUGCCUAGCUGCCCUCCGCAGCCUAUCUUGGGAGGGCAUGGUGGUGAUAGGGUUCACAGGAGGAACGAUUCUGUCCAUCCCAUCCAAUCUGCUCCUGCUGAAGAACGUGUCAGCCAUGGGCGUGUACUGGACCCGAUAUCAGAAAGAGAACUUCCCGGUCUUCUCACGGUACAUGUCCUCAGCUCUUCGGUACUGCCAGGAAGGAUCCAUCAGGCCAUAUAUCGGGGCAGUCUUCAAGCUGGAGGAGGUCAACGAUGCCUUUGAGUAUGUGACCCAGCGCAAAGCUACAGGCAAGGUGAUUCUCUCUGUUAAAUGAACCUGCUUGUUGAGACCUGGAUGUCAAAGCCCUUCCUUGCUGCUCCUUAGGAAUAUGCUGUCUUCACAUUCCUUCGGUCUCAGAGAGAAUAAGAGUGCACAGCAAAUGGAUUUGCCUGCCACCAUGCUUUUAUCCCCCGGUCUCCCAUGUCUAGAAGGCGCUUCUUCACCUCAGCAUUCUAAACAAAAUUGGAUGUCACCCCCGAUCCUUCUCUCCCUCUCCCCUCCCAUUCUCUACCCCACCUUCUCCUUAGAGCUCUCGCUGGAAAUCACUUUGUUUCACUUUCUUUGUAUACUUUUCAUUUGCUUAUCUAUCUAAGUAUUGCAUCCUUCCCCCUAAAAUGAAAGCUUCUUGAGGGCAGGCUCUUACUUUAGUUUUUAGAAAGAACAGAUAGAUUUAAAAAGAAUGAAUGUUUCCCCAGCACCUAGAACAGUGUCUUCUGCAAAGGAGGCCAUUAAAGUAGGGCAGCUAGGUUGCACAAAAGACAGAGUGCUGGGCUUGGAGUAAGGACGACUUUUC